AUGGCUGUCAAGACCGCACGAUUCGACCCCGCUAGGCAUCUUGAGCAACAGGGCUGGGCGGGAAAGGGGACUGCUCUCCAGCAGGGACAUAUCUCCAGACCCUUAGCCGUCGUUCAGAAGAAGACUUUGUCAGGGAUCGGAAAGGACAGAGAUGAAGCAGUACCAUUCUGGGAUCACAUCUUUGCAGCCACAGCCGCUUCUCUCAAUAUCGGUUCGGGUUCUGGCUCGUCCUCGCCUGCACCCCCUUCGAGCUCAUGGACCACCCUCACUCCCGCCGGCAGCUCAUCUCCUGCCCCCCGCAUACCCCCAAAGCUUUCUAUAUCUGCUCAAACUCGUAUGGCAAGGGAGAUGGCCAGACGGCAGCUCUAUUCGAGAUUCUUCAGGGGAAAGGUGUAUAUGGGCGACGAGGAGGAGGAAGUGGAAGUCAAGCCGAGCGAGAAGAAGGGAAAGGGGAAGGCGUUGGAGAUAGACAGUGUCGUCGAGAAUGGUGUCAAGGAUUCUGGGCUGAGCGUGCAAGCGGAGAAGAAGAAGGAAAAGCGGGAAAAGAAGGAGAAGAGUGAGAAGAGAGAUAAGAAAGAUAAGAGCAAGGGCAAACAGAAGGAGGACGAGACCAAGGAGGAGAGGCGGGCGAGGAGAGCGGAGGAGAAGGAAAAUAGAGAGAAGAAAGAGGCCAAGCUCGGCAAGGAUGGUCAACCCAAGACCAAGAAGGAGAAGAAGACCAAGAGGGAAGAGACCAGCGGUACUCGUAUAGAACAAGAGAAGUCAUCGAAGAAGAAGAGAAAGGAAAGAGAGGAUGAUGAGGAGAAGAGUAAGAAGAAGAGCAAGCAAUGA